GCGGCUGCGCUUAUGAUCGCGGCCAUACAAGGUUAGUGUAUUGUUUUAUUCUAAAUUCAAUGCACCAGCGCACGGGAACUGAAUUACUGUACCCCGAGUACCGGUAAUUGUCAUGAAGAAUACAUCAUCUAGCAACUGAAUAUCUUAAAGGUGGGAACUGCCCGAUAAAAUUGAGGAAGAUGUGCUCCACUUGACGAACGAGAACUUGGACGAACCCCGGCUUGCGGUCGAUCUCUGGGCCGCCGCAGACCCGGGAGAAAGGCUGACACAUGGGGGUCGGCUGCUCAUUUGCCGCUGGAAUUACUGUUCGACAAAAAUCAUUGUUGGAUGAUGAGCAAGUUACGCGCUGGAGAGGACAUGAACUGUACAGAAGUCCAGAUUCUUCAAAUCCUUCACUUGGUAGCAUCAGUCCUACUCGCCAACGUCUCACUGAUGAAAUCCAGGCUCUCUAUACUUGUAACCAAUUGGAGGUGCUAACAAUAAUCCAUUUUAAUGAUGUCUACAACAUUGAAUCUGGAGAUGGGGUAUGUGGUGGAGCAGCUAGGUUUGCUACAGUUGUCAAGGCUUAUUCAGACUUCCACCCACUUGUGCUGUUUAGUGGGGACUGCCUGAAUCCUUCUAUGUUGAGUACUUUUACCAAAGGAGAGCACAUGGUACCAAUACUCAAUGCCUUGAGAGUUAAUACAGCUGUCUACGGCAAUCAUGAUUUUGACUUUGGUGUUGAUGAUCUAGAGGACAUUGUCAAAGAAACUCAGUUUCCAUGGUUACUGAGCAAUGUCAUUGAUGAUUUAACUGGUCAGAUGCUGGCUGAUGGGAUAGUGACCAGACUCCUUUCUUGGCAAAAUAAAAAGAUUGGUCUGAUUGGCCUUGUGGAGGAGGAGUGGCUUGUUACCUUGGCAACUGUAGAUAGAGAAAAUGUAACCUAUCUCGAUUAUGUAGAGAGAGGACAGAAGCUUGCAACAGAACUGAAAGAACAGGGUGCCGAUUAUGUGAUUGCGCUAACACACAUGCGAUUACCCAAUGACAUCAGACUGGCAUCAGAAACUUCAGCCAUCGAUCUCAUUUUAGCUGGUCAUGAUCAUGAUUACAGCUUACAGAAGGUGAAUGGAACCUACAUAGUAAAGAGUGGCUCAGACUUCAAGAGCUUGUCCAUCAUAACCUUGGAGUUCACACCUCAUGACAUCAACAUCAACAUCGAGAAGGUCGUCAUUGACCAGGAGGUGGUAGAGGAUGAUGAGAUGAAGGUGAUCGUCGACCGGUACGGAGAUGUAAUGAAGAAGGAGAUGGAAGGAAAACUGGGAACAAUAGAGGUUGACUUGGAUGCGAGGUUUGCUUCGAUCAGGACCCAAGAGACUAAUUUAGGGAACCUGGUAACAGAUAUCAUGCUGGCUGUGCUGGAAGCCGACGUAGCGCUUCUCAACUCUGGAACAUUCCGAUCAGACAGAAUACAUCCUGCUGGAGACUUCAAGAAGCGUGACCUCUUGACCCUUUUACCCCUCAUCGAUCCUCUGAUGGUACUUGAGGUCACAGGGUAUGAGUUGUACGAAGCCCUUGAGAAUGGUGUCAGUCAGUACCCCAAAAGAGAGGGCCGUUUCCCCCAGAUCUCUGGUAUGAGGUAUGGCUUUUACCCCUCGGCUCCCCCUGGUCAGAGGGUUGACCCUCUUACCGUUGUCGUGGAUGGUCAGUGUCUUCUUCCAGAUAAGAGAUACCGUUUAUGUACCAAGGAAUACAUUGCCAAUGGUAAAGAUGGCUACAAGGUCUUCUCAACUUGUCCUGUUCUGGUCAAUGCGGAAGAAGGGCCUGUUCUAACAACAGUUGUCCAGAAUCACUUCCACUCGGCCGGAAUCGUCCAGGGUCUGAAGCCAUGCAGGUCAGGACAUAGGCAGAGUCUUGUCAGUCUAAGAAGUAAACCAAGCCUUGUGAAGUCAGCCAGCUUGGUGGAGGUGGAGCAGGCUAGAUCUCAUAUCGCCCCCAGACUUGAGGAGAGGAUCACCAUGAUGGAUGAGGUUGGAGACUGGAAGGAUAUCUUAGUAGGUCAUAGAAAACUCUUCCUCAAUGGUACCAAUGAAGAGGUCCUGGAGGAGUGGCAGAGAAUUUGUCGACUUGAAGAAGGGAACAACAAUGCAGAAGUCACAUACAAUGUCAUCUCCCAUACCACAGAUCAUCCCUCCUUGUACCCUCGAGUUAUAAUCACUGAAGCAUCUGCUGACGAUGUGGACGAGGAGACCAACAGCAAGGGAAGUGCGGCUUCCGCUUCGAUGCUCUCAUUCAGUGCCGAGGAGGAGGGUAUUGAAACACUGCACAGUGCUAUCAGGAUGGAUGAUAUCGAUACAGUAACAAGACUAUUGAAGACUCAAGGUAGGGACUUUCCAGACCAAGAUGGUUCUCUUCUUCACCUAGCUGUCCAGCAUGAUUCAGUCCAAACCGUCCAAUAUUUGCUCCACAGUAUGAACGUCGAUCCAAACGUACAGCUUGACGCAAGCAAGAGAAAUGCCCUGAUGGAAGCUGUUUGCAGAGGCAAUGCUGCCAUUGUCCAGUUGCUUCUGGGUGCAGGAGCAGAUCCAACCAAAGAAGAUGCGAGCAGACGCUCAGCUUUGGACCUGGCCAGGGAGAUGGAUGCUGAAGACGUGAAUAAGUUGAUCAAAGAGUUUAAGGAGUCUCGUGAAAGACUUUAUGGAGACGAUCAAGCACGCAUCUGAGCAAAAAAGAUACUGUGAAACCUGCACACAAGGGAAACUUGCAGUCAAAGCUGGCUCAUCAAACUACUGAAUAAUUUUGUGCUGUUUCUUUCUGUUCUAGAAUCCAAAAGGCCCUUUGAAUGGGCAUAUUUACUGGUGGCUAUUGGUAAUUUUCAAUCACUUAGUCACAUAGAAAAUAUUAAGUUUGUCAUGUCUUGUCAAAAGGUUAACAUUAUCAAGAAGGUAGGUGAUGGAUGUGCUUUGAUCGAGGAAUUCUAGAAGUCAAAUGCUUUGGGUUUUUUGUUGUUUUUGGUAUCUUUUACUGAAAGCAGAUGUACAAGGAAUUAAUUCAUUAAUGUAUUGAUGAAAAUAAAUCAAUCUAUUAACAAAAUUAAGGGGGUGCGACGGAAAUGCAGUGCUUCCCAGAAAAAAAGGAAACCGUAAUUCAGUGUAAUUUUUUGACGUCAUAAUCAUAAAUUUGCUCCAUGAGAUGUACAAUGGCGAGUUAUGCUUCCCUCAUUUAUAGCCCAUCUCAACGUUUAUAAUGCAUGCAUGACUGAAUUAGAACAAUGGAAAGUGGUGCUAGUAAAUUUCCAUUUGCACAAGCAAAUUAUGAUUUUAAAUGAGUUUUUCUGGCUUUUACUGCUUUCUAUUCUGGAAACAAAGAUCAUUACUUAAAAUGUUGAUUUUUCAUCUUUCAUAUGAGACCUUGUGCGUAAAAUACAAUUGACAUAUGGUCGAUAAAAAGUUGCAUUAAAACAUACUUGUAUUCUAGCUAGUGAAAAACAUAGGAAAACAAGCAUUUCCAUCAAUGCGGCAAACAAUGGGCUACUGGUGAAUGGGCAAUGAGUGUGAUUUUGUGGUUGGCUUAUAAAACAUUCUUUCUGUCAAACUUGUAAAUAUUGCUUGAAAUGAUAAAUGAGGCAGGGCAACAGAAUGUUGGAUGGGGUAGGGGUGACCCAUUUACAGAAAAACAAACUUCUGAGUAGAAAAUGGCUUCUCGUCUACACAUGGAAAAAGCGAUGUACCCCUUUUCUGCUUUGCCCUGCCCCCUCAGACAUGUUCCACCUCCCCUGUGAAAUGUAGCGACAAAUGAAAAGACAGAGGGAAGUUUGAGAUAAAAAUUAUUAACACUGUAACAUUGAAUUUCCAUAGCCUUGACUCAAGUCCGCAGCAAUAAACGGAUUUUUCUCCCUGGCCUGAACAACAUUCACCGUUGGCAUGGUUUACCUAUUGUCUGCUGCUUUGUAGGAAAAACAAAAUGCUUGUUUUCAACAAUUCAUCGAAUCGGUAGAAAGAAAGCAUGUUUUCAUGCAACUUUUUCUCGACCAUGUGUCAAUCAUAUUUAUGCAUAAGAUCUCAUCUGGAAGAGGAAAAGAUAGGUAUUUAAGUAAUGAAAUUUGUUUUCCGAAUAGAAAGCUGUAAAGGCCAGAAAAACUUGCUCAAGAUCGUUAUUUGCUCGCGCGAAUGAAAAUUUGGUAGCACCACUUUCCAUUAUUCUAACUCAGUCAUGCAUGCAUUAUGAACGUUGAGAUGGGUUUCAAUUGAAAAAGGAUAAGUGCAUCUUUCCAUUCAUGUACAUUUCAUUAAGCAAAUUUAUGAUCAUGAUAGGAAAAAAUGUUUUGCUUUUUUCUGGGAUGCAUUGUACUUUCGGGUAAAACCCAGGUUCAACUGCCAACAAAGCAAAAAUUUUAGAUCAAUCUUUAAUAUAUUGCUGAUUCCAUCUUUCUCAUUCAACAUUCAUGAAAAGGAUAGUUUACAAACAAAUUUAUUUCUAUACUCAAUAUAUUUUUUGCCUGUCUUGUUAGAUAACAAAAUUGAUCUGUGAACAAUUUUUUUUUGAGGGGGGGGAAUUUUUCUAUUUGGGAAAGCAAAUUAUUGAAUCGACAACAAGCACUUCCUAAAAGUGAACAUACGUACUGAAGAAUGAAAUGGUGAUUGUUUUGAAUGAAGACUUUUAAUGUUAUAACAUAUAUAUAAUUCAAAUGAAAAAUAGUGUUGCAUAGCAGUUCCAGGUUUUUCAAUUGCAUAUUUAGAUAAUGUGUUUGAUUCAUGUUUUAUUGUGUAUUAUGUGCAAUAUGCAUUUUGUGUUAAAACAUCAAUUUUUUAUAUAUUAGUUUUAAUAUAUAUGGUACAACUUUUAGUAUUCUUUUUUAACAUUCCAUCUGCUCUAAAGCAAAAUAGGUUCCUUUGAAGAAGUAAGUUUAUUCUCUUUACAGAAAUUUAAAUCAGAGCCUUUUACAAUUUGUUGCCAAUCAGUGAAUAUUUGCUGUACAGAAAAUGCAUUCUGUUGACCUGUUUUAUAAAACAUAUAAUGCACAGGAUAAAGUUAGCGAUGCAAGUGGCCAUCUCGGGUGUCCAUAAAUUUGUGCAAAAGCACUUGGCAAACUUUGUGCUCCCUGUAAAUACCCUCAAUUAGGCUGCAUCGCCACUAACAUGCCAACACCUGUGCAUUAUUUGUAGCAUUCUUCAGAAUGCAUCAGGGUGUAUUGGUUUCAUUCAUAUCUAAACUCGUAUUUAUUCUGGUGCUAUAUGUUCUUCACCCUGAUUUUCUUUAGAUGGGCAUUUAUUACCUCUCAGGUUUCAUUGUUUAUUUUACCGGGUGAGUAUCUCAUGUAGUAAAACAUGUAUGUAUCACCUUGCUUUCUAUGCAUGUACAGUAGUUCUGCUUUUCCUCUAUCAUCCACAUUUUAGCUACUGUACUAUUUUGAUCACGUUGAUCAAAAUACCAUUCAGAAUUUCUCUUUAACACUGAACAACCCAGGUGCAGUGAAAUGUGUAUUGAAGCAUGACUUUUAUCAUUAUCAAGAUUCCAUAAUUAUGAAGCUCUCCAUUGUAUGAGCUGUGAUGAUGAAAGCUUCUCUGUUGAGUUUUGGUACAUCCUCUAAAGUUUCUGUCACUCUUCUAGUUCUUUACGCAAUUACAUGUAUAUCAAAGCAUAUGUGUAUGUCUGAAAGCUGUUAUUUGAUAUUAAUAAAAUGAAGACAAGCUUGUGUGAAUAGAUGUUUAUUUGACCAGAAUAUUUAUUUUUAAUUAUGGCCGAUAUAACACCACAUUUCAAGUACUGAAUGGGCUGAACAAUUCAUAUAUGAUCUUAUAUUUAUACUGGAUUUGAAUUUUAGUGCUGUUUUCAUAUUUUUGUUCAUUUGCAGAAAAAAAGUAAAGGAAAUUGAAAAAUUUGAAUUGAUAAGAUUCAAUAAACAGGCAAUAGAGAUAGAGAGAGGAAUGGAAAGGAAGGAGCUGCAAGAUUACAUGAAUUUAUGUUCUUUAUUGUUGUUUGGCUGAAAUUUCCUAUGCAUUGUUUUGCCAACUGUUUCUAUGCAUCUUAAUACUGUAUAUUGAUACUGUUAUGAAAUGUACUAUUUCAAACCUUGAAUUUGUUGUAUUGUAUCUGAUUCCAUCCAAUCAUUCAAAUAUAUUUGAUAUAUUCAUUUUCAUUUAUACUGUAUGUAUAUUUCAUAGAUAAAAUACAAAAAUUCAAGAUAUAUUUUGAUCUUGGAUAAAUAUAUGAAAAAUUAUAUUUGUAUAGGAUGUGACAUGUUUAAUGUGACCUGAUAGAGAGGGGUUUUCAGAGUUUCUUGUGGGAAGAACAUACAUUCAUGCAUUUUAGCAUUUAUAUCUAGCAUGUUUUCAUAUUGUCAUACCCAAAGCUCCAAGUGCUUACAAUAUACAUUGGUGUAAGAGUUUAGCCUUAAGCUGGUUUCAGCAUUUUUUUUUAUUUUUUGCUUAAUUUAAGCUUAUGUAUCCUUCUAUACAAAAAGGUAUGGGAGCUAUUUAAAUUUCAGCUUUUUCAGUUCAUUUCAUUACAUGUGUGAUCACUCACACCUCUGUUGGAUUUUAGUUGUUUUAUUUAUCUAUAAUUGUACUUCAGAUUCAUGUGAAGCUAAAUGUACAAUUUUCCUCCUAGAAUUAUGGUUGAAUUCAUGCAAAUUUUUCUUUGAAAAAUUAUCUUAUAAAAUGGUCAUUGAGAACACAAAUGGUUUAAAAAUUGUACAUUUUAAAAGUUGAUUCUACUCUCAUGAUUGCUUGAUUCACUUUAAUAAUGCCAGUCAUACCAGUGAGACAGACUCCAAAUGGUUUCCAUGACAUUUGCUCCGGCGACAAUUGCUCCACUAUAGAUUCCACACAUUAAUGGAAUUACCAAUUUUAACAUUGGAUAUAACACUACAUUUAUACCCUAUCCUAACAUAAAACCAUAUUGCAACGAUAAACUUAACCCGAUAUCUUAGAAAAAAUAAAAUUGUAACAAAAUAAA